CUGGAAUCAGCCGCACGGAGGAACUGCUGCUUGUCAGCCUGACUGAGGACCGACACACUGCAGCCCAGGACCGCGUCUGACCGAAGACACUGAAGGACCAAGAGUUCGGAUUGGGUUGAGAUAAGAUAGUGGGCAUGACGUUGCGGGCCAAGUUGAGGGUGUAGCCACAUCUGGCAGAGAGUGCUGAAGUAAGCAGGAGCGUCAGCACACCAAACCAUCUACUGCGGCGGGGGAAGAUGGGAGAGACAGAGGAGGACAAUGUGGGGAAGCUGUUUGAGAACUUCAUCCAGACCUCAACCUGUAAGGGGACCCUUCAGGCCUUCAACGUCCUCUGCAGACAGCUGAACCUCGACCCUGCAGACAGCGGCACCUUCUACAGCAGUCUGAAGGCGAAGGUCACCACCUGGAAGGCCAAAGCACUAUGGAGUAAACUAGACAAGAGGAUGUCCCAUAAAGAGUACAAGAAAGGCCAGGCCUGUGUGGGCACCAAGUGCCUCAUCAUCGGAGGGGGGCCCUGUGGGCUGCGGACGGCCAUUGAGCUCGCUUUGAUGGGCGCCAAAGUGGUGGUGAUCGAGAAGAGAGACUCCUUCUCGAGGAACAACGUGCUGCACCUUUGGCCCUACACCAUUCAUGACCUGCGCGGCCUCGGGGCCAAGAAGUUUUACGGCAAAUUCUGCGCAGGGGCCAUAGACCACAUCAGCAUUCAGCAGCUGCAGCUGAUCCUACUGAAGGUGGCCCUGAUUGUUGCAGUGGAGUUUCACAUCAAUGUUGAGUUUGUCAAGCUGCUGGAACCUCCGGAGGAUCAGGAAAAUGAAGGUCUUGGGUGGAGGGCUGCAAUACGACCUGCUGAUCACCCCGUGGCUAACUUUGAAUUUGACGUUGUGGUGGGGGCUGACGGACGCAGGAAUACUCUGGAAGGUUUCAAAAGAAAAGAGUUCAGGGGGAAGCUGGCGAUCGCCAUCACAGCCAACUUCAUCAACAGGAACACCACUGCAGAGGCCAAAGUAGAAGAGAUCAGCGGCGUGGCUUUCAUUUUCAACCAGAAGUUCUUUCUCGACCUCAAAGAGGAGACAGGUAUUGAUCUGGAGAACAUUGUGUACUACAGGGACAACACCCAUUACUUUGUCAUGACUGCCAAGAAACAGAGCCUGCUGGACAAGGGAGUCGUCAUUAAUGAUUACACAGAAACCCAGAUGCUGCUGAGCAGUGAAAAUGUCAACCAGGAAGCUCUUCAGUGCUACGCCCGAGAGGCUGCUGACUUUGGCACCAACUACCAACUUCCCACGCUGGAUUUUGCCAUGAACCACUGUGGGCAGCCAGAUGUAGCAAUGUUUGACUUCACAAGCAUGCACGCCUCUGAGAACGCUGCUCUGGUCAGGGAGAGAUUUGGACACCAACUGCUGGUCGCACUGGUUGGCGACAGUCUGCUAGAGCCCUUCUGGCCCAUGGGGACAGGUUGUGCCCGAGGCUUCCUGGCUGCCUUUGACACAGCCUGGAUGAUAAAGAGCUGGGCUCAGGGUCGGACAGUUCUGGAAGUGCUGGCAGAGAGGGAGAGUAUUUACAGGCUACUUCCACAGACAACACCUGAAAAUAUUGCCAAAAACUUUGAGCAGUACACUAUAGACCCUGCGACUCGAUACCCCAACCUCAACUCCUCUUGUGUCAGGCCACUCCAGGUGCGUCACUUGUACAUCAGUGGAGAGCUGAAUUCCUGCUCUCUGGAGCGUGCUGCCACCAUACGUCGACCUGUCAAUCUCAGCAGACGAGAGUCAGAGAUCAGACCGGCGAGGCUUCUCACCUGGUGCCAGAAACAGACAGAGGGCUACAGGAACGUGAUGAUCACGGACUUGACGUCUUCUUGGAAAAGUGGCAUCGCCCUCUGUGCCCUCAUCCACAGGUUCAACCCCCAUCUGAUCGAUUUUGACUCUUUAAAUGAAGAGGACCCUGCUGCAAACCUCCAGCUGGCUUUUGACAUCAGUGAGCGUGAAUUUGGGAUCCAAUCGUUCAUGUCUGUGAAGGAGCUGAAUGACGACCAGGAGCUGGAUAAGACCAGGGUGAUCACCUACCUGUCCAAGUUCUAUGAGCUCUUCCGUGGCACACCUCUACCUGCCUCAGGUUCCAGAGGAGUGGAUGAAAACAAUGAAGAUUAUCCAUCGAAAGAAGUCAGAAGUAAUAAUAAUGUGCUUAAUCUUGCACUGCCCAGAAAACGGGUACCAAAGGAUGAAAAGAAGUCAGACGGUACAGAUCCCAUUUACAAAAGGAGGCGGAAAUUCUGCAGUUAUUUGGAGGAGGCCACCAAUCUGUCGAGUAAUGGUUCCUCGGUGCGAGAGGGCCGAGAGCCCAUGGAAAACAAAGUGCGCUCAAUGGCUACUCAGUUGCUGGCCAAGUUUGAAAGCACACCCAGCUACACCCCCCGGAGAACACAGUCCGACUGUGAGAGGUCCUUCCCGCUGAAAACUCUUGACCUGACUGAGAGUCUGCACAUUAAAGUCAGGCCUCCGGUCCCACCUAAACCUCCUCCUGAGACACGGCUAGUCUGGAGGCGCCAGACGGCAGUUGAGAGACAGUUUGAAGUCAGUAUCAGAGAAGCAGCACAACACUUAGUCCCUCUGCCUCCAAAGACUUUGCCCAAACCCCAACUCCAGCCCCAGUCCCAGCAUCCAUUUUCUGUAGUGAAGCUCAGACAUGUUGAUCAAACACACGCUGAGACGAAGCCCCAGCCUCAGCCAGAGAGUGCAGACCCCCCUGCUUCCUCCCCAUCCUGCCACUCAGCAAUCCAGUUCAUGUCAAGAGUCCUCCAGCGCCUCAGGGAGGUGGAUGAACACAUCUCUGAGAAAAAAGCUCAGACACAACAGGCUAGAGAGUUUCACACAAAGAGUAUAAAGGACAAAGCUGUUCACCUUAGUGGGUUGUUCUCAGCAGACAGCUCAGCUGUACUCAAGGGCGGCUCAGUGCGAAGGGCGUUCCCGCCAUCGGGUGAUAAGUGUUACUCAUGCGAGAGACGUGUCUAUAUGGUGGAGAGGGUCUGUGCCGAGGGGCUCUACUUCCACAGGGAGUGUUUUCGCUGUUCUACCUGCAGCGCUGCGCUGCGACAGGGAGCGCACGCCUUCGACUCUGAGCAAGGGAAGCUGUACUGCAAACUUCAUUUUGAUCAACGCAACAAUGGGAACAAGCUACGGAGGAAUUUGUCCCUACGUUCAAGCCGUUAUGGAGCUGGAGUUCAGGAGGAAUGUGCUGAUGAUGGACAGCGCUCCGAGUCCAGCAACACAGCAGACCUGCAGAGUCAAUCUUCAGCAGGUACCUUCGGCUCAUUCAUAAGGAGACGCCUGAGCUGGCCCCUGAGUGUGACUCGUGCUGUGUGUAACGCCCCCUGGUAUCUGUCCCAUUGUGUGCGAAGUACAGCACAGGCCCUCACCGGCCACCUGAGGGACAAUGCGCAGGACUAUGCAUCCCUGUAUGAGCUACUGAGCAUGAGCUUGCCCCUGCUGUUCGUUUUACAAGAGGUACUGCUGCAGAUGUACACAGAGGCUGUGCCUGAUGGGCCCAGCUCUAUACAGCCUCUAAUGCAGUGGCUGCAGGAGCUUAUAGGCGACAGGCUGAUGUAGACGCUCAGCAGAGCCCAGCUGUUAAUAUUUGACUCCAAAUGUCAUUAAGUCUGUGGCCAAGUGGCGCUUUAGCUGGAGGUGAUCUCGUCUUAUUAUCAAUUGUAGCCGUGCACAAGCACCUUUUUAAUGUUUACUUGCCUUUUAUGAUGAUACUGUAGGUAGAUUUACUCUCAGUAUGCUGGAUGUAGUUGUGCAUCAGCCAAAGAAGAGACACUGUAGGUUGCUCAUGCAACUUUUUGCAAUUUACUAGAAGGGGUUGGGAAAAUUUGGCAUAAUGAAAGCUGCACCAAAUAAUUUGCAUUUGGUUUGAUGUGGAAACUGUGCAGUACUUGUAGGGUUAAAAUAAGUUAAACACAUUUAAAAACAGACCACAGUCAGUGCAUUAAAGGUAUACUAUGCAGGAUUUUCCUCAAAAACUCAGACUCAGACAAGUAAUCCCUCUCAAUCAUCACUUGCGACUCACUGGAAGUGUGUGGUGCUGUAUGUAUCUGCAGAGACUCUGCCCUCUACCUGUAUUUUUUAUUUUCUUGUUACUUUGCUGUGGGAUGUGAAACUGUGGGCAAUGGGUGUGUAUCCCCCAGCCAAUAACAGCACGCAGCGUACGAGGUCGGUAGCAAACUGGCUACGUUGCCGUCUCCAUCUCUGUCCUCUGCUCUCUGUGUGCGAGCUGCAGGUCUGUGCGUCUGUUUGGCCGAGAACAAAUCCUGCAUAUUAUACCUGUAAAGACUGGACACUGCUGAAAUGUCCAAUCAUCUUGCUGUAGAAUUGUCUUGGAAAAUGGAUCCUGCAGUUAAAAUAGCUUAACUCAGGUUAUGACUGACUAACUCGAUGCACUUUAUGUUUGAGAACUGCCUUGUGGACGUUGCAGUAAACUGUCACAAUAGCUAGAAGCCUGCUGUCAUGUCGUGCUGAAACACCAGGCAGGUUUUCUUUUGACUCUACAUAUGUGCUGCUGCCAUAUGUUAGAAAAAAACAAUUUAUCUAUAUCUUUAUCUAUAUAUAUAUAAAUAUACAAACACACACACGUACAUAUGCAGGUAUGUGACUUUUACACACACAUGUCAACAGUUUGCUCGUACUCUUUAGUCUGACUGCUCGGUUUACUUUUGUGAACUGUUUUUAUUGAUUUUUCUGUUCCCUCUUGAUGCUGUGGUCCGCUGAGUUUCUGUCUCAGUAUUUAGUUCUACUUUGCUGCCAUCUACUGUUGACUCUCAGAAAAACCAUGAAGGCAAAGUGAGGCCCUUUUUUAAACCUUAUAUUUUCAGAUUUACUGUAGACAGUAGAAGCCGGUGAGCGUGCUGUGAUGUGCUUGCCCCUCUUGCCAUGAUUUUAUAGCAUGUUGUUGGAAGAUCAACUGCAAACCUCUUUGACUGGAAGCCACACCGUUGCUUCCUAUUCAUCUAAUGAUGCUUACGAAGCACUUUAGAUUUUUAGUAUUUUGUUUUUCUUGAUAAAGUAUUUGAAAAUGACAUUUGCAAAAACUUCAGCUAUUAUUUGAAGUGUUUAUUGCAUGAUGUACUGGAUAUGCAAUAUGAUGUUUGCGUUUUGUUGUCAGCUGCCUAAUAUUUCAGGUUGAAUUACUGAAUCUGCUGCAUGUUGAAUAUCUGGUUUACAGUGCAGUGAAAGACUUUUGCAUUUUAAAAUACCAAAGAACUGUUUCCACUCACACUGACUCAGCAUUUGUUUUAUAAAUCUGUGUGACAAGGUGACAUGUACAACGGUGCCAACAUACAAAUAUCAUCUUCAUUAUGAAUGUCAGUAUUGUGUUUUCAUAAACAUUUUCUACUUUUGUGCUUUUAUCUGUUGUUAUUUAUGCCUGAAUGUUCUCUCUGUUUUAGAUCAUUUGUCUCUUUUCCUCUCAUUCAGCUGAAGCCUUUUAUGAAGUGUGUGAGCCAGCUGGAUGCUUAGCAGAAAUGACAUUUUGAAGGUGAUCACGUGCAUGGUCACAUGGUCGUGUGUGAUGUGAUACUGACUAUGAGUAACUGUUGCAAGGUGUCUGAUAUGACUUUACAACAUUUACAGCGCUGAAGAGGUUGAAGACGUUUCUUUGAAGUGACACUGGGUGAUUAAACUCAUGACUAAUUAA